CCGUCCGCCUCAGCUACCAAGUCGGCCAGACCAACCAACCAUCAACGCACAGCUCACUCCAGCACUCCUCCUCCCUCCCCCUUCUCUCUCUCUCCCGCUCUGCUGGUCGGCGAGAGGCAGCCUGCCAUGUGGGCCUCGCCGGGGAGGCUGCCGGCGAUGGAGGAGGAGGAGGAGUGCGAGGCGGGCGCGGGCCACCGGGCGCCGAUGGCGUCCUGCUGGGGCCGCUUCGGCCUGGCGGCGCUGUGGCACAGGCUCCGGCACCUUUUCCUGGCGCGGCGGAGGGCGCGGCACGGCCGCUCCAUCCUCGGCGCCGGCGGGCUCAACUACGACCCGCUGAGCUACGCGCAGAACUUCGACGACAGCAGCCUCGAGCUCCACGAGCCGGACUUCACGGCCAGGUUCGCGCCCGCCCGCAACGCCUGCUCGCCCAGGCGGGCAUGAGCAUGACGACGCGCCACUUCUCGGCGCCCCGGUGGCAUACGGAGGAUCCCUUUUGCCACUUCUCGGCGCCUUUGUGCGCCCCUUUGAGUGGUAAAAAGGCUUUAUUUAAUCCACGUAUUUUCGGAUAAAUGUACAUGUACUACAUGUCAUGCGGGUGACGCAAGUAGUUUUCGUUUUUAUUCGCGGGUGUAAAUAUUCUUGUGGUUUUCUUCCGAAAGAAAGAAAAAACAGCAUGGGUUGUGAUGAACUGCAUAGGAGCCAGUCAGUGCAUGUCUGUUUGGUCA